GGGAAACCAACUGCCAAGCCUAAGAACCCAAUCAACCAACUCUACUACUGCACUACAUUUAAUUCUCAUUCUCUCUUUCUCCCUCACUUCACAAAAGUACAAAACAGGCUCAAAACCCAAGAACUUUUCAUCCCAUAAAAUCUUUUUUGCCUCUAAAAUUUCCAAAAAGCACACUACACAACACAACACCCACUAAAAAACCAUCUUUCAAUUUUCCUGCACUUUUUUUUUGCCGCCUCCACCACUGAAAAAAUGCUCUUCAACUUGCUGAACUCUUACCUUCAUCUCUUUCUCACACCUAAAAAAUACUUCAGACAUCAGCUAUGAAAAAGGAGACAUUUUUAUGUCCAAGAAAAGACAAUGGACAUUGUAAUUAAUAAUACUAAGAGAAUUACCAUUUCUAAUUUGUCUCCGUUUUUUCACCAUUGUUGUAAUUUCCAGUUGACUAAAAGGUCCUUAUAUGCAAUUGUUUCUUGUUCUCUGCUUUUUCUCUUAGCUUACAACAGUUCCACUGUGUUCUAUAUUCAAGUUCCAGUUCCGGCCAACUCCUCGCCGGAGAUUUCUAGCUUUUUAACUGAAAAUGUCGCCAGAAAAUCAAGAAAGUUGGUUUCUUUAUCUUCUUCAACUAAACGCUCAUCUUCUAUUAUAUAUGCAGUAAAAGAGGAACCCCCACGUCAAAAAACAAACACCCAAUUGACAAUUUCCCGCAAAAAUCCAAACUUUGUGAGUUUUACAUAUAAUUCAAUGGCUUAUAAUCCUAGAAGAAGGCGAGAAAAGAAGUCUUUGGUGAAAGUUCUUGGUUCAGGGGCAAGAAUUAAUGAGUUCUCAUUGAGAAUGAAGGAGUUUUUUGGAGCUAAAUCAUACAAUAAUUCCUGUAAGUAUAGGUUUUUUAUGACUUGGAUUUCUUCAAUUGAAUCUUUUGGUGAAAGGGAACAGUUUGCUAUUGAGAGUUUAUUCAAAGCACAUUCAAAUGGCUGUUUGGUAAUUAUGUCCACUUCAAUGGAUUCACCAAAAGGAAUGAAAAUUUUAAAGCCUUUCUUUGAGAAAGGAUUAAAGGUAACUGCAGUUUCACCUGAUUUUAAUUACUUAUUUAAACAUACUAUUGCUCAAGGCUGGAUUGAUAGCUUAAUGGAGGGUAAUAUAGAUCCAGGGGAAGUUUCUAUAGGUCAAAACCUCUCAAAUUUGCUUAGACUUGGUUUAUUGUACAAGUUUGGUGGGAUUUAUUUAGAUACUGAUGUUAUAGUGUUGAGAAGUUUUGGGAAGCUAAGAAAUGUAAUUGGGGCACAAACUAUUGAUGUUGAAACAAGAAAUUGGAGCAGGUUAAAUAAUGCUGUAAUGAUUUUUGAUAAGGGGCAUCCUUUGUUGUACAAGUUCAUUGAAGAAUUUGCACUUACAUUUGAUGGGAACAAAUGGGGUCACAAUGGUCCUUACUUGGUUUCAAGGGUUGUGUCAAGGGUAAGUGGAAGGGAUGGAUACAAUUUCACAGUGUUGCCUCCGCUGGCUUUUUAUCCAGUUGAUUGGAGUAGGAUUGGUAGUCUCUUUCUUGGGCCGAGGAACGAGACUCAUUCGAAAUGGUUGCUUUCUAAACUCCGGCAGAUACAGAGCCAAAGUUUGGCUGUGCAUCUUUGGAACAAGCAGAGUAGAGGGCUUAAGGUUGAAGAAGGAAGCAUAAUCCAACAUAUAAUGUCAGAUUGUUGUGUUUUCUGCAAUUCUUACGCAGCAAAAUUUUGUCCAUAAUAUCUAAGGUACAAAAGCAGUUGGAAGCGAAGGUGAGAGGGCGGCUGUAAAAUGGUGAAUAUUCAGGACCACUAUAUGUGUUGUAAGGCUGUUCACCUAUACACUGAACAAACCUUUGAGCUACUACUGAUUAGCUCUUGUCCUUACUUUUAAUUUUGGUCCAGAGUUUGUUCGCAUUGUUGUUCAUGAAAGUAUGCUGGCUCAAUGGAAGCAAGUGAAACUUUUCCCUCUAAAUCUGUGUAGGAGACGAAGGUGCUACCUGUCUGAGAAUAGGUCAGACAGCAAGUUUCUUCUGAAAUUACUCUAAUAGUUAGUUAUACAGAAACUACACUACUAACUAAUAAAGUAAUGCAUAAUUUUUAUCCGGUUAGUUCCAUGUGAAUGUAGUUGUGCAGAAAGGUCAUGGAGAUCUUGUGAACCAACCACCUUCAGCGUAUAUAUCUCCAUAGUUGGUGCAGAUUAGGUUGUUGAUCAGAAGCAGAUUACUAUGGAGAACAUUUGGAAAUUUUCUUUCAUCUCUUCUAUCUGGUAAAAAUCAUUUUAAAUAAAGACCACCAAACAUACAGAAUCAGCAGCUCCUAACUUUCUUGAUGCUUCUUUUGCUCCUUGACCAGGACUAGUCUGUCUGACAGUUGCUAAUUGAUGGCUUCUUGACACUGAUUAUUGAGCUUUCACUGCCUACAUUACUUUAUUAAAACUGAAUUUGUAUUAAAACUGAAUUUGUAUCCUAUAGUGAUCUUCAUAUUAAUCCUCUCAAGACUACAAUAAUGUCAUUAAACUGAGUUUUUCUGAAGAGGCCAGAGGAGAUUAAGUUUUGUGGUCGCAUGGUACUAGGAUGUGAGGUUCUCCAUAUCCCAUAUUCUCUACCUUGCAACAAAAAAAAAUUGUAGAUGGAGAUCGAACUAUACUUAAUCUAGCGGUCAAUUGCUAAAUAAACUUUCCUGAAAUUGCUCAAUUUGGGAUUGCAAGCAGUGUUGGGGUACAAUGCUAAGUGUUGGUUAAGUUUUCUUAGGAAAUGCAUAUGCUGCACAUGACUGCUGUCUUUUGAGUAGAUACUACUCCACACUUGGGCCAAUCUCGUUUCGUCUUUUUAUCUGUUUUUUACUCACCUCUCCAAUUGCAUUGCUGAUCAAAAUUGGUGUAUUUGGUGUUACAAAGUCUAUAAUUUACCCAACUUGCAGGACUAAAAAAGGUAGGAGUAUUAAUGUUUUAGCUGGUGAAACUUUGAUGAUCAGUCCUUUUCUUUUUAUUAGUGCAUGUGGUCCUUUAAGUUCUUUCAUUUUCAGGUCUAUCUGUUUGGUGUACCUGCAACUCAAUAUCUACAAAAUGCUCAAAAUAAUUGCUACUAUUAUUCUUUAAAGACCUUAGAAGAGGAUGAGUUUUUAUAUGGAAAAAGGCGGUACAUUUAAUUCCUUCACCAUUGAGGACUGACCAAAACUUUGACUUGCUAUUUAGCAUUUAUUCACUCUUGUUCAUCUUCCAGUUA